AUGUCCUCCUCAUACGCGGUUCCAGACUGGCUGGGAAAGCAAUCUACGAUCGGAGGCUUGAGAAUGGACCUACCCCCACCUCCUGCCGAUGGCGACCUUGGCUUCCAGCUCCCUCCCGCACCCACCACGUCGGCAGCAGCUAUUGCGCUCAUCAACUCGCUCCGCACCGGCGGCCUCCCCUCCUCAACGCACUAUAACGACAAGCACAACGGUCUCCGCCAGAACUGCCUGGUACAAGCGGUGUUCAAGCUGCUUCUACAGUCCAUGGACGUCUGGGCCUCGGAUCAAGCCAACACGACCGCUACCUACGUAGUUGCCGGAAAAGAGAUGCGGCGUCAUCAGAUAUCUCCUUUGGGCAUCGGUUUCCUCAACGCGGCCACCAGGGAGAGAGCAUAUCAGAGCUGGGAACGAGGACUCCUUCCAGAAGUCGCCACGCUCCCGGAGACCGCCGAUGCCCUCAUUCACGAAAAGGCCGCUUCUGGGACUAUCAUCGAGUGCACGCUCAACCACAGGACCAAUUCCGGAAACUUAUAUCUCGUUUCUACGAAGAACCAUCCCUCUCUGGGCCAGUCGUUCGACGUGCGCAAAUUACAGCGCCUGGGCAGUGCUGGGAUCGACGAGGCUAGGAAGCUGGUUGAGGACAAGAAGAAGCGGGAGGAGCACGAGAACAGGGGCGGUAAGGAUCACGAGGUGGCCGUCUACAUCACUCCCGGAUCCGCUAAUGUUUACAUCUACGACCCUGCGUUCGAGAUGGAUGAGUGGCCGGUGCCGACACGGCUCCCCGAAGCGAUGAUGCUCAAUCGGGUGAAGCAGCUCCUCUGCCACCUCAAGGACAAAAACGACAAGGCCCUGAAGAAGGCGAAGAUCUUAAUCGGUGGAGGUGGCAACGAUGCUGACAAUUGCCGCGCCAUGGCAGUGGAGUGGAUUGUGGGCGUGGUAGCACAGCAGUGGAUGGGUCUAGAUGGCCCGGAGGUGGCAGAGGGGCCUCCGAUGUACUUUGGAGAUGGAUCCGACCAGCAGGAGCUGCGCUGGUAG